AUGAACCCCGUUGACAACAAUCAAUUUGAAGUGAAAUCAGCAAAGCGAAAGGUCAAAACUGGUCCCAACGUAUAUCUUAACCCCGCGUUGGAUCUUCUAGUUAACGAAGAUCCUAUGUGCAACACGGCUAUGGAAGUCACACCAAACAAGAGAAGAAAAAGGACAACUAGCUGCGAUAUAGCAGCGUUUGAAAAUACUGCCUUAGACCUGGGCAUAAGUAAGGCCGCUGUCAAUGAAUUCCUAGUAAGGGAGCUCCAGAAUGUUCACAAAAAUGUUCGACCUUAUGAAACCCCUAUAAAACCUGUUGCAACGAAUGAAAGUGAACCUAUAUAUGCAAAUAUUACUGAUAUUCCCCCACUUCCGCCUCGAAUGGACCCACCAAGUGGCAAAAGUCUACAUACAUACAACAUAAACAACAGCACAUGCGAAGUUGAUUCAGGAAUAUCAAUUCUAGAACAAAAAUCAUCUAAUGAACUGGAAAAUAAUGACCUAUCUAUCAUUAACAAAACCAUGAACAUACAAACAAAUGUCAGUAAUCAAGUUUUCAUUAAUAACUCUGCUAAUCUAAAUCUAAGUUUUAUAGAUAGACUAGCUCUAGACUCCCCACAAACAUCAAAUCAGUCUCUAUACCUCGAUGAUGACUUGAAUGAAAGCAAUAUUAUGGAGAUAAAAACCAUUACUAUCAUAACAAAAAAGAAAAUUCUGUCUCGAAAGAACACUAAUCCCUUUUUAGAUCCCAAUAUAGAUUUCAAUGUUGAAGAAGAGGUACAGAAUCCAUUCUUGGCUAAAGGCCCUGAUGAAACUGUAUAUAACGCAGAAGUAACCAGAGUACAGCCAGGAAAUAAUUUAUUGCCUAAAAGAUUAUUUGCUAAUGAUACAAAUAGUACAAUAUCCACUGUGAAUGAUCAAGAACAGUCUGUAAGGGAUAGCCAUGAUUACGAAAAUGUUGAAUUCAGAUCGGAAAGUCCUAUUUACGAAAACAUAGACGAAAUAACCUUUGACGAAUUUCAUUAUAACAAGCAGAGUAAAAUUUUAGGUCACGACGUCUCCAAGUUCAAUGCAAUUGACAUAAUGAAUCUAAACAAAAUAUCUAAUGGAAAUAAUACAAGUGAUUCCACUGAUAAUAAAAAGCAUUUAAAACAACAAAUUUUAAAAGUGAAUAAGUUAUCAAAGAAAGUAUUUAAGACCUUGAAGAAAACAUUCAAGACUGAAAAGGUUGAGUCUAAUACUACUUUAAACCCAUAUGAAGUUCCUCGAAAGCCGCCUAAGGAGAAGUCGGAAAAGAAAAAUUCAGGAAUAGAAAAUCCAGCAUUAAAGCUUGAUAACUCUGAUGAUAUAGAAAUUGAAGAGCUAAGCUCAAAUGAAGAUGAACAAUACGAAACAAUUAAAACUAUUAGGAACACUCGACUCAAUGAAAAUGUAACCCCACUAAAGGAAAGGUCUAAUGACAACGACUUAUCCCAUAAUAGAACGAAUACACCUGGUAAAAAGGUAAGAUUUGAUUCAACACUUAAUAGAGAAAAGAUUAUCACUGGUGAUAGUUUUGAAUGUGACAUACAAAGCCCAGGGUUUGAUGCCAAAAUUGACAGAUAUCAUGAUGAAUUGGAAAAUUGUAUCAAUGAGAGAAAAUUUAUUCAACAGAAUAUGUAA